CGUCCUUCGAGUCACAUGCUGCUGCUUUCAGCUGCGCGGAAGCCAUGGUGGGAGUUUCUUCUGCAGUGGUCGGUGCUUCUGCCUCCUAUGGCGGAAUGGGCUUAUGGCAAUACAACCGGGACAGCUUCAUGUUCAACGCCAACGUGCACCAGGCGAAGCGAUUCCAGACCCAGAGCCUAUUGCUGGCAAGGACGGCUCUCUUUCGGGAAGACAUCCGGGACUUGGCGGCGCUGACCAUCAACAAGGUAGACAGCUACCUCAUUGUGAACACCCUGAAGUUGGGGUUCAUCGUGACGAUUUUCUUCAACUUCGAUCGCACUGACAAAGGGGAUUCGGCCAGGACCUUCAUUGAAGAGCAGGUCAACGUGAUCUUCUCGAUGACGCUUCUGACCUCCUGCUUUUGGCUGCUUUGCUCGGUUUGGUUUUCCAUGCACGCCGUGAUCCUGGCGCAAUCCGUCACCACCAAGAUGUUGGUCCAAACGCUGCGGAUGCCGCUGGCGGCGGUGUCCGAGCUGGAUCGAUCCAUGGAGCGCGCGGAGGACUACGAGGCCUCGCUGAGCCGGGCCUUCCGUGUGCCCUUGUGGCAGCGCAUGGCCAGGUACGCUGACGUCUGGAAGCCGCCCAUGGCGCCGGCGCCAAAGGCUGCCCCGGCCGCCGAGGUCAUCCCUGCGGUCUCCAUUCGGGACGUGCUGGAGGGCACUGUAUCCCUGACGCCCGCGGAAGAAAUCGCCACGAUCGGCUACAUGGAGCCACACUUGAAGAUCUAUCGGCUCUUGCACACCAGCUGGGCCGCCUUUGAGCUCUAUGGCCAAAUUGCUAUGGAGAUCGGUACCACCUGUCUGCUGAGUGGUCUUGGGUAUUUCUCUUUGUUCUACUUGCGGGAAGUUGACACCUCCGACAGCUUUGUGGUGAAGGGGGGUGGCUGGGCGAGCUUCGGGUACCUGUCCAUCAGCUGCUGGUGGUCAUUAAUUCAAUGCUUGAACAUUUCCCUGGCGGGCAAGAUCUUCCUGGCAGUCCUGACGCUGGCUGGCCCGCUCUUCAUCGCCGCCAAGUACUUCCGCUUCGGGGACAUGCAGAGCACCGGCUUGGAGUUCGUGCCGUGGGCCUUCCCAGCCAUUUUUACCCUCCAGGCCACCUGGGUGCUGAUCAUUUGCUGGUCCGGCGUGGUGCGUAAAGACUGGCCUUCCUAUUGGAACGCCUCAAGGUAUGUCAACGUGCUUCACAGCGAUAAGGGACCACCUCGAGGCCACGACGAGGUUUCCAAUGGGCCCAGGCAGUGGUUGAGCCAGACGAGGAUCUUGGACCGGCCCUUGUCUUUAAGCGACACGGAAUCUGAAGAUUCCACACCGGACUUCAACCCAUCCACACUCGCCAGCAGCCUCGUUGCUGCCAACCUGCUGUUGGACUCCCUGGAUGCGGUGCUGGAGGCAGAAGACCUCUCUGGGCUGAAGAACCUGCAAAGCGCACGCAAUUACCUCUAUGAAAUGACCCGCGCUGUGAGCGCCAUCCCCAAGAGCGCUGCCCGCAGCCUGCGAAAUGUCUCCGGCUUCUGGGUGAAGGACGCGAGUGGCACGGGAUGCUUCCCUCGUGCGCAACGGCAUCAUUGGGUCGACCCACACGACACAAACCAAGGCAAGACUGGGCCCGCCGUACCGUGCGAUGAACUGGCCGAGGCAGCUGUCCAUUUGGGGCAGCUGCUCUUCUGCUCUGCAGAGAACUGGACAAAGAUGGAUAUGCAGCAGCUGGAGGAGUACGGAGGCUUCCCGGUGAGUGGUGCUCGUAGCUUCCGGGCUCAAUUCACCAAGCACCUGGACAAGAAUGCUCUCUCAGGUCGCUGGCAGUUCUUCGGCGGCGUGGUCAUCAACACGGUCCUUUGGUUGACCGCCUCGGCUUGGAGCUGGCAAUACACCUGUGACCGGCACUGCAUGCCGGAGGAGCGUGCAGUGGACGCCUUGGCCGGCAGCAACUUGCAGCUGAGGCUGGAACCUCCCUGGCUGGCCCCGGCCUCCUUGGGUUGCGGCGCUGAUGGCAACUCCACCAGCCUUGCCUUUGCGGACGCGGCAGCAGGGGUGUUCUUGGAGCGCUUCGAUGGGAGCGGGUGGAUGGGGCACUGGAGUGGACCGAUUGGUCCAAGGGGCCCCUGUCGCCACACGCUGGACGCAGACUUUGGGCCCUUCGGGCGCUUGUGGGUGGCCUGUGAUGAUGGCCUCCAGCUGGUGACGAUGCCAGUCUUUUGGGAAGGUCAUUCAGACAGCCCCCUGGCCUACAAGAUGGACAGCUUCCUGUCCGAACUGCGCCUUCCGAGCUUGCAGCUCAUCGCUCUGGACGAGAUCCCGCAGCCAGGAGUGCAGCUCCAAGGCAUCGUCUUGUCCGAUUCGCGCCUAGUGGGGUUGGGCCCUGACGCUAGUGGUGAUUGGAAGAUCCUGGGCACCAUCAGCUCUCCCAUCCGCAGCUGGACAGCGAUCUCAUUGCGAAGGAGUGUGGCAUUUGCCAUCGAUGACCGCGCCCAAGUAUUUUCCUUCAAAGCUGGCACAGGCGAGUGGGAAGGCCCUUACCAGAUGCCCACGGAUGUGGUCUGGAAAGGCGUGUGUGCCAUCCACGUCACCUCCUGGUUGGCCCUGGGCACGCCUGGCCAAGAGAACGAGCAGACCCGGAACCGGGCGCCAGACACGGAGCUCUGGCAGUUCAACAAGCCGUCCAAAGAAAUCCCACCCGGAAUACUGGAGGACAUCAGGAACUACAAGACCUCCCACGACAGACAAGCUGCCGAUAUCCACUGAACGGCCGAAUCGCUCUUGACAGCCCACCACAAAUAUUUUCCGAGUCAGUCCAGGCACCUUUGCUUCCCGUGUGGGUUAAUCGAAGGUUGCAAAAAGGAGCUUCAGGCAAGAAACGGAAGGAACAUGAACAUGCUGAAUGCUGACA